AUGAAUCAAUCGAGAGUUGAUAAUAUUUGCCCCCCGGGACAUCUGAGAGUAAUCUUGCCCUCGUCCAUAGAAGCCAACAUGAACAUGCCUCCACCUUUUAUUGACAUUAUAAGUAAUGCUCAUGACAUACCACCACCACAAGCGGAUUUCUCUGCUCCUCCACCUUAUGAUGUUGCUGCUAAUUCAAAGCUACCUACCUAUGAAGAAGUGCAACGUGAAAAACAAAUGGAAGGAGAGGGGCCACUUCCGGUACAGGGGCCACCACCCCAUCAUCCGACAUUUGCUGCUUUUGUUACUGUAGAGCCAAAUGAAACAGCAGCAGCACAGUUGGACCCGGAGAACAGCCUCCUGGGAACUGAUGUCAUGUUCCUGACUUCUUUCUUUGUGGCAUUCCUGUUUAACUGGAUCGGCUUCUUGCUGCUGAUGUGCUUCUGCCACACCGUGGCUAGUCGGUACGGUGCACUCGCCGGGUUCGGUCUCUCGCUAGCGAAAUGGACGCUCAUCGUGAAGCAUUCUACUGAAUUAGCUUCCCACGAGAAUUCUUGGCUGUGGUGGCUUAUAAUGGCUUUUGGUAUCCUUAUCUGCGUGCGUGCAGUUAUUCAGUACCUGAACAUCAAGCGUGGAUGGCGCCUGCUUUCAGGCACUGCUCAAGAGAGACUUCUUUUCUUUUAUUAG